AUGCAAUUCUUUCCAAUAACAUUUGUGGUUACCUGCCGAGCUUUAAGCUGUUGUGACAGGACUGUGCUCGAUACCAGGCGUCAACACUCCGCGUAUAGCAAUCUUCUGAGCAUUCCCCGCUCUGGCUUAGCGGGUCCAACUGGUGGUUACCGUUCAAGGGUAAAGUGGAUGCCAACCUGUGCUGAUAAUUUCCAAACAACAAAAGGAGUGAAAGAAUAUGAGUUUACUCUCAGAGCGUCUUCAGAAUACUUUCGCCUUGACCGGGCACAUGGAGCUCUGAAUAGAAUGCAGGAGGAGUUUUACCUUCCCAACCAACUAACAGAGAAAGCAUUGAAGCAAAAUGACCGGCCCCUGAUUGAAUAA